AAAAUUAUACAAAGCUCCAGGAGCAUUCUUUUUAGACUAACGAACAAAAUGUUUGCCAUGCGUCGCGUGCCGCGUCGCGGUCGCUCACUAACUUUGACUUGCCAUUACUUCUCUCAAAAUGGUCCAAAAACGCUGAACACAGUUAAAUAUAUCUUAUCUAAUGUUUUAUUUUCAAAAAAACUUUGUUAAAAUAGUCUUGAGAAAAAUGUUUUAUCUACAGAAAAACAUUUAAAAAAAAAAUAUUUUUGCGUGUAAACCUGAGAAAAAUAUUUCAAUUUGUAACUACAACAAAAACAAAUAGCGUGGAAAAUUUAAAAUCAUCAAAACUCAUUUAUUUCGAUCUCUUCCAAAGCAUCGUUUGAAAAUGCUCCUUUUUCCGGUUUUCGGACUCACAGCUGCCUUCGAGCCGGAUGUACUGCUCUCCCCACCAGCUCCAUUCUUCUCGUUCAAGUACAUCUCCACAAUUAAUGAUAUUGCUAAAGGAAUCGAUCUUCAAGUUGAUUUGAUGAAUAGAGAGAUUCCAAAACUUAUUGGAGAUGUGGCACAUUAUCAAAUGUGCAAAUUUCUUCCAAAAUGUCACAUCAACUCCGUUUGAGCCUUCGGACAUUAGCAGCAUAUGCUGGCAACAAAAUAAAUCGUUUUUUAUCUUAUUAUUACUCUGAUUGAUUGUCUGAAAAUGAACAAUUUUUAUUGUUAGAAAAAA